UCUGAACGAUGAGAAGCUCAAACAUUUGGCUUGUGAGAGAAGAGAGGAACUCUGCUUCGGAAUUAUGGGGAUGAUGGUUUUGUGGUUACGGAAAGAUAAGGGAUUCAUUUCAUGUUGCGACACCUUUGGAGAGAAAAAAAGAAGAAGAAGAAGCAAGAGUGGAUUCUCGAAUUCUUUUGGAGGCAAGUUUAAGCACAAAGUUGAUGUUGAUGCCAGUGCCAAUGUUCAUGCUAAUGCUUCUCAAGCCAACGGCAAAGUUCAAAUUCACGCGUUAACCGACAUCCACCUCUCGCAACCUUGA